CACCAACGUGAGAACCAAACAUUACUGUAAAUAGUGUCACCUCAGCGACAUUUAGAUAAUAAGAACCAAAAAUGGCUGUAGGAAAGAUCACCGGAGAUCUAGAAAACAAAAGAGAUUUACACAAAAACUGCACAGAAAAAGAAGAUAACCCAAAUACUAUUUCAAAAUCAGCAUUAAGUGUUGCCGUGUCGCCAACGAAUGAAGUGGAUUUUGAUGAUUUAUUAUCUUCAGCCGGGGAGUUGGGAAGGUAUCAGAUUAUUUUGUUCUUCGCUACCUUCCCGUUUUAUGUUUUUGGUGUAUUUGUAUACUACUCCCAACUGUUUAUGACCGAAACGUCUCCAAAUCACUGGUGUUGGAUACCAGAAUUGGAAAAUUUAACAGAUAUCGAACGAAGAAAUUUGGCUAUACCCCAGGACAGUCAUACCAGAUUUGGAUAUUCACACUGUCGAGCCUAUGUGGCCAAUUGGACUGAUGUAUUAUCAAGCGGGUUGAAACCAAACGAGUCUUGGAAAACUGUGUCUUGCCAACAUGGAUGGGAAUUCAAUAAAAGUGAAAUACCAUAUGAAACGAUAUCGAGUGAAAUGGAAUGGGUAUGCGAGAAAGACAGCUAUCAAGCGAGCGCUCAGUCAAUUUUCUUCCUAGGUUCUGUUGUGGGAGGCUUUAUAAUUGGCUGGAUAUCUGAUAAAUAUGGGAGAUUACCAGCGGCUAUCAUCAGUAAUGUAAUAGGCUGUAUCGGUGGGUUUACAAGUACGUUUACAAGUAACUUUAUUGAAUUUGCCACAUGUAGAUUUUUCAUGGGUAUGGCAUAUGAUAACUGUAUGAUGAUGGCCUACCUGAUUGCCUUAGAAUAUGUGGCACCAAAGUACAGAAGUCUUAUAUCUAAUAUGGCAUUCGCUCUCUUCUACGCCUUCGCUGUGACGGCACUGCCAUGGUUAGUGCUUAUAUGUGGAGACUGGAAAAUUAUCUCUCUAGUAACAAGUAUACCAUUAUUAUUAUCUUUGUUAACUCCUUUAUUUCUACCAGAGAGCCCAAGAUGGCUACUUUCCAAAGGAAGAGUAGAUGAAGCUAUUAAAAAAGUUCUCACGAUAGGACGAGUUAACAAAAAAGAAGUACCAUCCAAACUAAUAGAACAAUUUAGACAUUCGACAUGUAAUAAAAAGCAGGAAGAAUCCUUGAACUGUUUAGAAAUUUUUAAAAGACCAAUGGUGAGAAAUAUGUUUCUGUGUAUAUGUUUGGAUUACAUGUGUUGUGCUAUCGUGUUUGACGGAUUGGUGAGAAGUCUUGGCCAAUUGGACUUAGAUUUUUUCCUUUCCUUCUCAGUUGUGUCUUUCACAGAGUUCCCAUCAAUGCUCAUCACAGCUUUUAUCAUGGAUUGGAUGGGAAGAAGAUGGUUAACAACAAUAGUCAUGUCAGUAAGCUGUAUUUUUUCUAUAUUGACUGUUUUCGUAAGCGGUGGUGUGCUUUCAUUGGUUUUUGCGAUAGUGGCAAGGUUUGCUGUGAAUAUUGCAUACAGUGUUGCGAUGCAAUGGGCUGCAGAAAUGCUUCCGACAUCAGUGAGAGGAUCUGGUGUAUCAUUUGUCCACAUAUGUGGUUAUAUUGCAACCUCUUUAGCACCUUACGUUAUUUAUUUGGAAACUUACGUCUAUUGGCUUCCAUUGGUUGUUAUUGGAGCGAUUGCUGGCUUUGGUGCCUUGGUAGCGUUUGCUUUACCAGAGACUGCGAAGAAAGACAUGCCCCAAACAUUUGAAGAUGCCGAAGAGAUGAUCAGGAAACAGAGAUUUUGGGAAUUCCCAUGUAUAGGAGAGAGAAAUAUCGACGGCCCCGCGAAUGAAGCAUAAGUAAUGUGUGAAAAACAAUGUCACAGAGUUUGUAGAUUUUUAAAUUUGAGCAGUGAUUUAAUACAUAGCAACUUUAAGUAUCAACCAACAUGACCCGCAAAUAUAAGUAUG